GACCGGAAAUGCAAUGGCGUCCCUGAACUUUGAACAUGACAAAACGUUUAUCUUUUAAUUCGUAUUUAACUAUUAUCUUUUGAGUAUACUUUUACAUUGUCUAGGACUAUUUUUUUUAUUAUUUCAGACAUUUUUUUUGUGUUUGUUUAUAAAUUCUUUAACAUAAUGGCAAUAAAUGCAGCAAAAGCUGUUCUUAAACAAGGAAGAACUGUAUUAUUUAUAUGUGAUUUUCAAGAAAGAUUUGCUAAGGUUAUGUUCGAAUUUGACAAAGUUCUACAAAAUUCUGUUAAACUGGUAAAUUCCAUGAAACUUUUACAAAUUCCAAUGCUAGUAACCGAACAAAAUCCAAAAGCUUUAGGAAAAACUGUAUCUGAAUUAGAAAUAUCUUCGGCUAAAGGUCCUUAUGAGAAAACCCAAUUUAGUAUGUGUACUCCUAACGUUAACGAAGUACUUUCUACUAUUUGCUGUGGAUCUCGUCCAGAGUCUAUUAUACUUAUAGGACUUGAAACACAUGUUUGUGUUGAGAAUACAGCUAUUGAUUUAAGAAUGAAUGGAUAUGAAGUUCAUACUGUGGCAGACUGUUGUACAUCACGCACACAAGAAGACAGAUUAUUGGCAUUGGAGAGAAUGAAAGCAAUAGGAUGUCACGUGUCUACUUCAGAGACUGUUAUUUUUAAAUUACUGAAAGAUGCAAACCAUAAAGAGUUCAAAAGUAUUCAAAAACUUAUAAGAACACCAACAUUGUAUACAGGACUCGUAUCAGUAUCAAAGAUAUGAGAUAUAUAGUUUUGUUACAAAAAAUCAUUUCAAACUGAUGAAACUAAUAAAUUGUUGAAUUAUA